UAAGGCGGGCCGAUCGGUGAUGACCAUUUUAUCGGGUUCGUCGGCGAGGCCCGGCACGACAAAAGCCGGCCGCCGGACAUAGCCUGGCCCGCGGCGCGAACGGACAAAAGGGGAUGUGGCGGGAUGGGAGAGAGAGAGAGAGAGAGAGAGAGACCAAGGAAGCGGCACAGUGACGCGACUUGACGGGGACCCUCAGACAAACUCUCUCUCUCUCUCUCUCUCUCUCUCUCUCUCUCGCGUUCUCAACCACUUCAUAUCACAUGAAAAAAUGAGUACUUGACUAAAUAAAUCGAGGGGAUAGCGUAAAAAAAGAACUGGGUUCCUUCCGAAAAUCCAGCGCUGGUUCGUAGAUUCUGCCCCUCCUCCUCCUUCCUUCCUUCCUUCCUUCACUCUCCGAUAGACUCUUUCUCUCUCCCUUGCUGAAUUUGUUUGUGUGUUCAGCUGAUUGAUCAUGCAAGCGACUCAAGCUCAGCCGCCUUCUUCACCUUCCGAGGUUUCUCCGCAGCAGCUUGAUGAUAAAAUCAUGAGUAGCUCAGAGGAGGCUUUAGGUCCUGGACCUGGUGGAAGGCGCAGUGAUCUUUCCCUUCAGAUUCCUCCUAAGCAUUUUGGUAGCAGCUCUAGCUGUAAGGGUUUUCUCCAGUCGCAUGGUUCCAGCAAAGGUAGCUCAUCUUCUGGAGGAUUCUUGCGAGCUUUGAGUUUCAAGAAGAAGCUUCUCACACCUGAUGCCGAAAAAAGCUGCCUCCUUAGUUCGGACCCUAAGGCACCUCCUGAAAGUCCUUCCGUGGCCAAUUUCAUGUCCACGUUGCAUUGGAACAGAUGUACCUCUCUUCCAGUUACACCUGCAUCCAACCUGUCCCCUGCUGUCACGACACCUGCCUCAGCAAGGAUGCCCGGUGAAAAGCAUAAAUCACAAAAAAGUUCACUUCAUGCCACCGUAUCUAGGUCGCUGUCGGUACCAGGACGAAAUAUGGUAAUUGUGAGAUCUGUUUCUUUUGCUGCCGACAAGCAACAUCCUGUGACAGAUUCUUCUGAUGAUCAAAUUGCUCCUGCUCCUGAGGAAGAUGAUGAUGAAGAGAUUCCCGAAGAGGAAGCAGUGUGCAGAAUUUGUCUCGAAGUAUGUCAGGAAGGAAAUACAUUGAAGAUGGAGUGCAGCUGCAAAGGUGCCCUUAGACUUUUACAUGAAGAUUGUGCAAUUAAAUGGUUUAGCACGAAAGGAAACAAGAACUGUGACGUUUGUGGCCAAGAAGUUCGGAAUUUACCCGUGACCUUGCUUCGAGUGGCAACCUCAGCUCAGCUUGCUAAUGGACAACAACAAAAUCAACAGAGCUUGCAUUCACAAACAGUGAGUGCCUGGCAGGAUUUUGUGGUGCUUGUUUUAAUAAGCACAAUAUGCUACUUCUUUUUCCUUGAGCAACUUCUGAUUCACGACUUCAAAUCUCAAGCAAUUAUCAUAGCAGCACCAUUCUCUUUUACCUUGGGCAUCUUGGCAUCUGUCUUUGCGAUCAUCCUAGCAAUUAAGGAGUACAUAUGGACUUACGCAGCUCUCGAGUUUGCUUUAGUGGCCAUCACUGUCCAUAUGUUUUAUUCUUUGCUUCAUCUGAAGGCAGUCUAUUCUAUACUGUUAUCGGCUGUUUUGGGUUUUGGGAUAGCCAUGAGCCUCAAUUCAUUGUACAUUCACUUUUACACUUGGAGACUUCAAGCUCCACGGAAUGCUAGCCCAGUGUGAAUGGACUUGCACAGGACUUCUGAGUCUCACAUAAUCACGUCUCUCAUAGCAAUAUGUAGCAAAACUUUGAUAGCAGAGAUGAAACCUGAUUCACUGAAGCUGCGGAAGGGCGUGUGUCAGCAGUUGGUUUGUCAAGGUUCCUCCCCUGCCUGCUUGCUGCUGUAAGAUGGGAGGUUUCGGCCACAGCAAAAGCCGUCACCACGGCCCAACAAGUGUGUACAGAGAACCAGAUAUGACUUGUCAUCCCUCGCUUGGUUUCCUCUUGGUUUUCCUACUUUUCACAGUGUUCGCAUGUGCAUUGCCAAUGGCUCUUUCACCUGUCAUGUCGUGUCGUUAUCUAUGUUGACGUUACGUUAACGGUGAAGAGGUUUUAGUUUAGAUGGAACGUGCUAUUUUGUAGGAGGAUAUAACCAUCUUCAAAGUAGAGUCUGUCCGGAGCGUUUGGAAGAAGUGCAAGAAUGUAAGAUGCGAUUAUCUUCAUAUGGAGUCUUGAAGAGUUUUAUGAGUGC